AGCAGGGAAAAUAGCCGACUUGGUGGUGACUAGUGUCACUCACUGACUCGCUUUGCUUACUAGACAGGAUUGUACACACAGCAUUGUUACUUAAAUCUCAGACUGAAAUCCCGGAAUUACCCCCACUCGCCCCUCUCUGCAGUAGAAGCGUUUUUCACCCUCUCCGACCGACCCGCAGGCCGUCACCACCACCCACCCAGAACCAGCAACGAAGAAGAAGAAAAUCCAAGACGAGAAAGACUUACCCUUCUCUUCCUCUUCGCUUUCCUGUCCCGCCAAUAAUCAUCGUCUCCCGCAAAAACACAAAAUCGAACCCAACUCCUCUCGCCCGAAAUCCUUGAAACCCUCCGUCUCGCUCUGCAGUUCCCGAAUGUCUCUAACCCUUCCUCCGCCGGAACCCUGACCUCUCCUCUCCGCCGCCGCUUGCUCCGUAUGUUCUUUGUUCCGGAAUCCGUUCUCCAACUGGAAUCCUCCCCGUGCUCCUCCUCUUUCAAUUUUAGGUCACCAGGUUCAAUUCUGCGAUCGACUUGAGCGCCUAUGGCUCCGGGGCGUAAAAGGGGAGCGAAUAAGGCUAAGGCCAAGAGUCAGCUCAGUUUGGGCGAUCUUGUUCUCGCUAAAGUUAAGGGAUUCCCUGCUUGGCCUGCCAAGAUAUGUCGGCCUGAAGACUGGAAGAAGACACCGGACCCGAAGAAACAUUUCGUUUUCUUCUUUGGAACUCAAGAAAUAGCUUUUGUUGCCCCUCCUGAUAUCCAAGUAUUCACAAGUGAAUUAAAGACCAAGUUAUCUUCUAAGUGUCAAGGCAAGAGCAAGCGCUUUAAAGAAGCAGUGCAGGAAAUUUCUGCAGAAUUUGAGAAGUUACAAAAUAAAAAGUCAAGUGCUCGGGGGGAGAUAACCUCUGCUGAUGGAAUGGGACAUGGCGGAGAGGCGGACUUGAAUGAUGGUGCUGCUAGAUCCAAUGGAGAAGCAUCAGAAGAUGCAGGUGAUUCCAGAUCCAAAGGAGAUUAUUGUUCUGGGAGAGAAAGUGAAGCUGACUCUGAAGAUACAGUGCCUUCUGUGUCAUGUGAUACGGGUGACAGUCCAGUCGGGGCUGUGUCAUCUGACAAGAAUUCUGAUGAUGAGCAGCCACAGGAGGUGGCAUCUGGUCCUACGGUAACUACAGAUGGGAAAAAUGAUACCUCUAUUGCUGCAAGAGUAAAUGUUGGUGACACGCAGGAAGUGGAUAUUGACACAAAGGUUCAGGAAAAUGGUAAUAAGUCUCAGGUUGGCACUGACGGAGUUAGGAGAGUAGAUGAUACGGUGAAAGUUCGUAGAGAUAGGAGUUCAGAUUUGGUUGAGAAGGAAGAUGGGAAACCUUGUAAAUCGUCUGAUAUUGGGAAGGAAUUGAAAGACAAAGUGAAAGGCAAACCUCCUUCUGGAAUUGGUGGUAACCCUACAGGAACUAGUAAAGGGAAGAAAAGAAAAGAAAUGCAGAAAGCUAGAACAAAUUCAAAUGCACCUGAUGGCAUUCGUGAAAACAUGGGUGAUAAACAGAAGAGUUCCAGAUCUGGAUCAGGGAAGUCCGAGGUUUAUGCCUCAGAUGCUUCUCGUCCAUCUAAAAGACUGAAGCAUGAAGAUGUGGAAUCCCCCAAAGAUUCUAUGAACUCUGAUGCUUUUGGUGGCAGUUCGAGCAAAUCAUCGUCUGGGCAAAGAGUUCUUCGUGGUCCAGGAUCCCAUGCAAAUAAAGUGAAGGUUGAUGCUUCUGCACGAACAGGUAAAGCUAACUCUGAUGCAUCACUUGCAUCAGGUAGAGGCAGAUUGGACGCGUCACCGAGAAAGACUGGGUUAAAAUCUGUUGCGUCUCCGCAAGCAGAUAAAGGAAAAUCUUAUGCAUCUCGCCAGAUGGAUAAAGUAAAAUCCAGUUCAUCUACCCUUAUUGGUAAGGUUAAGUCUGAUUCGUCUGCCCAAGUGAGAAAAGUUCAUGCCAAUCCAAUUGGUGAUAUGGGUAAAGGUAAAGCAGAUGUUAAUCAAAGGAGUAAGGUGCAUGAUACUACUGGUGAUGAGGAUGAGUUACCAGUAUCGAAACGUCGGCGGCGAGCACAAGAGGCAAUGACUGAUUCUGUUCAUAAUUUAAAAGAUAGAACGAAAGGAAGUCCUGAUCCAAAGAAUAACUUGUCUUAUAGUCGUGCUAGAGUUCAUGGCAACCAGAAUUUGAAAAGACGAAGAGCCGUGUGCCUCUAUGACGAGGAAGAAGAGGAUGACGAUCCUAAAACUCCUGUUCAUGGUGGGACUGGCAGAAGUAUGAAACCUCCAGCAGCUGUCUCUGGUGAUAUCAAGGACAGGGACAAAGAGACUGGAGGUUCUCGUAAGCGACAAAAUGAAUGUGUAGUUAACACCCAAUCAAAUGUGACUGAAUCUACUAGACACCAUGAUGUAUUGAAGGAGGCAUCUUCAAACUUGCAAAAGAAUUGUGUUUCCCCUGGUCGGCCGAGCACAGUGAAGAUGCAUAAUGAUCCUGAUUCACAGAGUCCAUGUGAAGAUGGAGAACAGGUAUUGCCCAAGAAGGUAAGCACUGCCUUGACUUCUCCGAAGAACUAUCCUCGGUCACUUGAAUCACCCAAAACAGUAGUGGAACAGGACAAAACCAGUGAGGCUUCUCAAAAUACUUCUGAUGCCCAAAAGAUGCCCCUUGCUGAUGAAGAGCAGGUAAUGUCCAAGGUGAAGGAGGUAAGCACUGCUCUGGCUUCUCCUAAGAACUCUCCUCAGCCACUUGCUUCACCCAAAACAGUGGCGGGACAGGAUAAAACCAGUAAGGUUUCUGUAAAAACACCUUCUGGUGCCCAAAAGAAGCCCCAGGCUGACAAAGAGCAGGUAAUAGCAAAGGAGGUAAAUACUGCUCUGACUUCUCCUGAGAGUUCUCCUAUGUCACUUGGUCCACCCAAAACAGGGGUGGACCAGCAUAAAACCAGCAAGGCUUCCGUGAAAACAGCUUCUGGUUUGCAAAAGAAGCCCCAGGCUGCCUCUGGUAAGUCCUCAGGUAUGGUCCCAGAUGGUGCAAAAGCUUCCCAGUAUCACGUGGCAGCUCAAAGAAAUAGGCAUGCUCUUUCUGGAGAGAGACCUAAAAGUAAUCCGAAAGUCCCAUCACGCGUGGGUGAUCAGGCCAUUUCGAUGGAAACUUCAGUGAAAGUUGAAGCUGCUGCGGAUGAUAAUGCUUCUGAUUCUGCCAUAUCUAUGAAGAACCUCAUUGCUGCCGCUCAAGCAAAAAGAAAAGAAGCUCAUACCCAACAUUUCUCUCUUGGGAACUCCAGUUAUAAUCUUCUGUCCAUGAAUGAUGCUCAUGGAUGGAGCCCUAGUCCGUCGUUUCUCCAACCGUUACCGUCUGGCAUGUCCAAUGGGAUGCAGGGUGAUGCAUCAGGGUUUCAUCCUCACCCAAAUGUACCUUCUCCAUCUACACAAAAUCAUCCUUUAGGGCCUGAGACUCGAAUCGAAAAUGAAGAGGAUGAGGAUCAAAGGGUCAGUUCUGGACAUAGGGCCCCUGGAGGCUCACUGAGUGGCGGCACAGAGGCUGCUGUUGCGCGUGAUGCUUUUGAAGGGAUGAUAGAGACUUUGUCGAGGACAAAAGAAAGUAUAGGGCGCGCAACCCGUCUUGCCAUAGACUGUGCCAAAUAUGGAAUUUCCAAUGAGGUUGUGGAACUUUUGAUCAGAAAGCUAGAAAGUGAAACCAGUUCCCAUCGAAAAGUGGACUUAUUCUUUCUUGUGGAUUCAAUUACCCAGUGUUCUUCUCAUCAAAAAGGAAUUGCUGGAGCUUCAUAUGUGCCAACAGUUCAGGCAGCGUUACCACGUCUUCUGAGUGCCGCUGCUCCACCUGGAGCUGGUGCACGGGAAAAUCGCAGGCAGUGUCUCAAGGUGCUGAAACUAUGGCUUCGCCGGAAAAUCUUCCCUGAAUCUGCGCUGAAGCGGUUUAUGGAUGAAAUUGGGGGUUCAAAUGAUGAAAUCUCUGGUGGUUUGUCUCUUAGACGUCCAUCCCGCUGCGAAAGGGCUUUAAAUGAUCCUAUCAGAGAGAUGGAAGGGUUGCUUGUCGAUGAGUAUGGGAGUAAUGCCACUUUUCAGUUACCUGGCUUGUUCUCUGGAAACAUAUUUGAAGAAGAUGACGAUGAAGAUCUAUUAUUGGAGUUGCCUAAGAAAGUGGGGGACAUGCCCACGGUGGCAGAACCUGAUCACAAUACCUUAGGAGAGUCCGAAGCAUAUACAGUUACACCCACUGACAGACGACAUUGUAUCUUAGAGGAUGUGGACGGUGAACUUGAAAUGGAAGAUGUAUCGGGUCACCAUCUUAAGGAUGAAGGACCUGAAAUGGAUAUAGAUGAAGACCAUUUCUCUGAUAGGGUAGUGGUCAAACCUUCAUCAAACAGUCCUGCAGACUCUCCCCUUGUUCCGGAUGGUUCCCCACCGCUCCCUCCGGGCUCUCCUCCUCAGCUUCCACCUUUACCACCCUCUCCACCACCUCCUCUGCCUCCUCCUCCGCCAAGCUCUUCUCUGCCUCCUCCACCAAGCUCUUCUCUCCCACCACCUCCUCCACCAAGCUCUUCUCUGCCACCACCUCCUCCACCAAGCUCUUCUCUGCCACCACCUCCUCCACCAAGUUCUUCUCUGCCACCACCCCCUCUUCCGCCUCCACCUCCACCACCAUCUCUUCUUCCAUCACAGCUCCCUCCUGGGCCACCCUCAGCUCCUCAGCCACCUUUGAUACAUCAACAUUUAGUGCCAGCUCAACCUCUACAUUCUCAGUCCUUAAUGUCAACACAGCCUUCUAUACAGUCACCACAGUUGGCUUAUCAGACGCCUGCAUCUCAUGAAUACUGCAGUACAUCCAGUGGAAAUAAAACCGGUCAAAUGACUGGGACUGCUCAUGUGAAGCAUAUGGAUCAUGUCAUGAAAAGUCACCAGUCACCUCGUUUUGCUCAUUCAGCCGUUUGCAGCUCUCGGGAAACAUCAGGAUUCAGUUCUUCCAGGCAUUUGGAGUAUAGUCAUAAUGACGUGUAUUUGAAUCCUCAAGCAUCCCAACACAAUGCUCAAUUCCAGCCGGGCAACUCAUCGUUUGUGCCUCGGCCUGUGAAUCCAAGCCUCACGCAAACUGCGCCGGGCCAUUUUCAAUUUUCAAAGCCAGUGAUUCAGCAACACCACCAGCAACCCUAUCCCCAUCCUUUUCCUGUGCCAUCCCAUCCUGAUGGGCAUAGGAGAUUUGUUGGCGAUGAUCAGUGGAGGAUGCCCUCGAAUGAAUUUAAUGCUAACAAUCAACAUAAUGGAUGGAUUGGUGGAAGAACGCAAUCGCAUGGAGUGCAUUCAAUUAGCCAAGAAGGUUUCUUCCGAGGACCAGUUGAAAGGCCACCAGUGAAUACUGUUGGUGUUCAGUUCCCUGCAAGUAACAAUUUGCCAGCUGCACCUCCAAUUCCAGGUCAUGGUGUUUCUCCGAUGAGGCCAUGUAGACCGGACAUGUCCACUGUUAAUUGCUGGAGGCCAGGUUAAGGAUAUGAGUUUGAAGGUUUCCGUCCUUGUCUUGAGCUGGGGAGCAACAGAAGGAAGCAGACACUGUGAGCACAUACUCAAGCAUUUGAUAACACUGGACAGAAUAUAACUACAACCUGAAGUCGGGCAUUUAGAUCUUGUGGAGAAUUUGGCAGGACUCUGUAUAUUGUAUUUUCCCUCCCUGACAAAUGUAUCGCGGGAACUUUUGCUUCCGAGUAUAGACCCGUAUUUCUGACUUGGUUUUGGGGUAAGCAUAAGAGGCGAAGAAUCUUCCCCAGAUGCAGUUAACAAGCUCGUGGGGGAGAUAAUAUGGAGUUAACGAGCUGCCUGGUGGCCGAUAGAUACAAAGCUGAAAAUGCCUGCAGGUCUCCCUCUGAUCUCCAUUUUGGAGUUAGCCAUGUGACUGGACCACCAGUAGUGCACUCUUUCUCAUUCUAGCUCGAUGUGCUCGAUGACUUUCACUGCAUCAACAUCACCAAGAUCUCCAAACCAGCUCGUUUUUACGGCUCAAACAACCCAUACCCGAUGAGGCUGCUGCUGAUGCUGUAGCCAUUCUCUUUCCUCAUCAGCAUGUUUGGGGAGUCUGCUUCAGAUUUCUUCCACCUUACCUGUAGAGUCACUUUCAGAAUCGUUUCUCGAUUUAUGCCUGUCAUCCUUGCGCAGGGGCCAUGAUAAUCUUCUCUGUAUCGUUCCAAUUUUAUCGGAUGUCCUCGAAGGGACCACUUUCAGAAUCGUUCUCAUCAUCGAGUUAACAUAACAUUGACACAGCUAUUGGAUUUCGUAUGACAGGUCCAUUGAGGGUUGGAAUCUAGAGAGUCUCAGAUCAGUAGGAGAGAGAGAGACCAUAUUAACCCUGAACAGAUCUCACGGCAGAGGUGAUACCUUUCUUGCAGGAGAUGAUUUUGGCCUAAGGUUAUGGAAUGGAUCUGGGAGAUCAGAGUCAUGUGCUGUAUUGGCGUGUCCAUAGGUACUUGAGCGAAACAGGAACUCUCCAGCAUCAUCCGUGCAGAAAUAAGGUACAUGAUACACCAAUUGAAAAACUCUCUUACCGUAAGAUCUGUUCUGCAUCUGUGCACAGAUACAAUUAUCCAACACCACUUUGAACAACCGCCACUGGUUUUGUUAUUUAAACGAGGGAGAAGCACAGGUUAAGGAAGUAUGAGGGAUAUACCCUGGAUUCUCCGAACCAUGUGAUAAACAUGGCACGACUGCAGCUGCCUUCCCGUCCUAGGUAAAGGUAUCUGGAGGUUUUGAGGGCAAACAUUUGAUUGAUGAUCUGUACCCAGGCCAUUCUUUCGGUGUUUGCAAAUCUGCGAUUCUGUGAAAACUUUGCACCAGGUGAGACUACUAUAUCGAAACAUAGAAGCAACGAUGCCCUUCCCCAUCUCUAUGGAAUCAACGAAAGAGAAGAUACUAGGAACAGGGCAAGCUAAACAAAAGCGGCCACUCAAGAACAGUCGGCACUGGAAACUAAAUUAUAAAACAAACCAUCGCAUUACCCAGCUAUUGUUUCAGUCACUUCGACAAUGCCAGAAACUCCGAGGAAAGCCGUAUCCAAUUGCUUUGCCCAAUCCACGACCCAGUUGGGGAUCAGCCAUGAAGAUUGAGAAAGUCUCAACUUACACUCGAAAACAUACAUACCCUUAUACUGCUGUUGCUGUAUGCGAGUCAUCUCGCAAGCCAUACUAAAGAGAAUGGAGAGGGGUUCUCUUUCGGUUUCUUGGGGAAGUCGUGUUACCGAUUGGGAGAGGGAGAUACUGUGUAUAAAGAAACGAAAGAGAAGAAUAACAUUAGAGGAAUACUGGAAAGGAGGAAUGAGGAUUGCCCAUCAAUCGAACAAGCGAAAAUUGGAAGGAAUGAGCGAUGGAAAUCUGAAGAUCGAGAGACGAAUAGGAGAAAGGAGAUUGAAGGUAGGGGGAGAGAAGAUUGAGAGGGUGGAGGUCUCUGUUGUCUCUGAGCGCCUAUUUUCCAUCAUGAUGUGAUGAAUGUGAAUCUAUUUUUGUGUUUUUGUUAUGAACUUCAUAUUUGAAGUUAAGAAAAUAUUAAGUGUUCAAAUAAAAAAAAAUACAUUGGAAAUGUUC